AAUCUAUGGCUCGACACUUUGGUGCAUGAAUAAGGUGUAGACGCUUUUGCACCGGAGUCGUUUGUUUAUAUGCUUUGUGCUCAUGUUAAUGUUUUGUUUUGAACAUUUGAGAGAGGACUAUCGAGUAUAUUUCAUGCGUUAAAAAUGUCUCGCCGACUCAGCUACGCCUAUCAAAUUAACAAAUUUAUUCAACGUUUCCCUGACUUAUGCGUCGACGGACCAGUAAUAAAAUGCCGAGUUUGUGAAAUUAAUUUGUUGGGCUGGAGUGCCUAUCAGUGUAAAAGACAUGUCGAGAGUCAAACUCAUAAAAAAAAUCGACUAUUACAGCUGCCAUACUGGGUAUUUUUAUAUGACCUGAUUUUUAUGUUCAGUGUAUGUAAUAUUCCGUUGUGUGUUGUGGACAAUGAACAAUUUAGAUUAUUUUGGCAGAAAUAUGUGCCUAAAUGGCCAUUACCCCAAAGCCGUCGGUUGUAUCGUCACUUGCAGCGGGUAAAAGAAGAAACUGAAAAUAAUAUGCUUUCGGACUUACGUGGAAAAAAGUUGUGGGUUACCGUAGACGAAAUUGCAGACAGAAAAAAUAAUAAAAUAGGGCAUGUUCUAGCCCGCAUCUUAACGCCUGAAAAAGCAAAUAAACCAUAUUUACUCGCAAGUAAAAGGUUGCCAAAAAAUAAUGCCGAGUCUAUACAACAGCUGGUAACGCAAGCACUCGAAAAAUUUUGUAUAGAAAAAAAUAACGUGUUAAUGUUAGUCACGGGCGGAGCUGCUUAUAUGGCUAAAGCGGCUGUGCUUCUUAAAAAUGUGUACCCUAAUUUAUUACAUGUGACUUGUAUGCUUCAGGUUCUUCACUGUGUGGCAGAAGUAAUUCGUAACAAUUACCAGGCCGUGGACAACCUAAUAUCAAGUACAGCAAAGAUUUUUUUAAAAUCCCCACAGCGAAUUAAAGAAUUUCACAAAUCGUGCCCAGGAAUUUCCGAACCUCCUCAACCAAUAUCAACGAGAUCUGGAACUUGGCUAAAGGCAUGUUUCUAUUAUAGUAAAUAUUUUCAUGACGUUAAAUCUGUGAUUUUCAAAUUUGAUCCCAGUAAAUCCCAUGCUAUCAGAGAAUGUCAACAGAUGUAUGAAGACCCCGAAGUUGUGGAGAAUUUGCAUACAAUACAAGAUAAAUACAGUAUUUUGCGAAACGUUAUCGAUCAAUUGGAAGAUGGUUCGAUACCACUAGAUCAGUCUUUCCAAAUAGUUGAUAACGUAAAUACGGUGUUGCAAAACUUAACAGAUGUCCCUGGAACUGAAGCCACAUCGAAAUUUAAUGACUUACUUCAAAAAAAUCUAGACCUUCCGAAACUAGGUAACAUUUUGCAGUCUUUACAUGAAGGAAAUGCUGCGAAUGACCUUGAUCAGUACUUUAAAUAUGCAAACAUUACGUCUCUAGAUGUAGAACGUUCCUUUUCAAAAUAUGUAGCACUAUUCGCCGAUAAACGUAUGUGCUUGAAAGAAGCCACAACAGAAGCAAUUCUGAUGAUACAGACGUAUGCGAUGGUCCACCAUUCACGUGCAACGAAAUGAGACGCUGAUUAUAUUUCACCUGUGACAUACUGAUGAGAAGUAAUAAGUUCAAAAUCAGACAUUCUGGCGGUUUAGUCCCACCGUCCUGCGCACAUACACUAAUUCCACUGGUGAUAAAGCACGGUUGAUGGAAGAUUGGAAGAAUGCAACUUCAAAUGUGUGCAAUGUUGAAGACUAUAAUAUACAUAUGUAAAAGAAAUUAAUAAUUUAAUUUAUGAUUGAAAUAUUUUUUUGUUCUG